AUGGCACAGAAAGAGAAGCUCCAGUGUCUGAAGGACUUCCAUAAGGACACGCUGAAGCCUUCCCCGGGGAAGAGCCCUGGCACCCGGCCCGAGGACGAGGCAGAGGGGAAACCCGUCCAGAGGGAGAAGUGGAACUCCAAACUUGACUUUAUCCUGUCCGUCGCUGGCGGCUUCGUGGGUUUGGGGAACGUCUGGCGUUUCCCAUACCUCUGCUAUAAGAAUGGCGGAGGUGCAUUUCUCAUCCCGUACACUAUCUUCCUCUUUGGCGGCGGUCUCCCUGUGUUCUUCCUGGAGGUGGCCCUGGGACAAUACACCUCCGAGGGUGGAAUCACCUGCUGGGAAAAACUUUGCCCCAUCUUUACUGGUAUCGGCUACGCUUCUAUUGUGAUCGUGUCCCUCCUGAACAUCUACUACAUAGUGAUCCUGGCCUGGGGUUUGUACUACCUGUUCCAGUGCUUCCAGCCGGAGCUGCCCUGGGCCAAGUGUAAGAACUCCUGGAACACAGACCGCUGUGUGGAGGACACCGUACGUAAGAACAAGACCCUGAUGCUGGCCGCUAACAUCACCAACUUCACCUCGCCCGUCACCGAGUUCUGGGAACGUAAUGUCCUCAGCAUCUCCAGUGGCAUUGAUGAGAUUGGGGAGGUCAAGUGGGACCUGGCCCUCUGUCUGCUGGGGGUCUGGGUCAUCUGCUUCUUCUGCAUCUGGAAGGGAGUCAAAUCCACCGGAAAGGUUGUUUACGUCACCGCUACCUUCCCCUUCGUCAUGCUAAUCAUUCUGUUGAUUCGCGGCGUCACUUUGCCAGGAGCAUCUGAAGGAAUCAAGUUCUACCUGUACCCAGACCUGCAACGUCUCAAAGACCCCGAGGUUUGGAUUGAUGCUGGCACUCAGAUCUUCUUCUCCUAUGCCAUCUGUCUGGGAGCUAUGACGUCACUGGGGAGCUACAACAAGUACAAAUACAACUGCUAUAGGGACUGUUUGCUGCUGGGAGGCCUCAACAGCGGUACCAGUUUUGUGUCUGGCUUCGCAAUAUUUUCCGUCCUGGGCUUCAUGGCACAAGAGCAAGGGGUGGACAUUGCCGAUGUGGCAGAGUCAGGUCCUGGCUUGGCCUUCAUUGCCUAUCCUAAAGCUGUGUCUAUGAUGCCGCUGCCAACCUUCUGGGCUAUCCUCUUCUUCAUCAUGCUUCUGCUACUGGGUCUCGACAGUCAGUUUGUGGAAGUGGAAGGACAGAUCACUUCCUUGGUGGAUCUGUAUCCCUCCUUCCUAAGGAAGGGUUACCGUCGGGAAAUUUUUAUAGCUAUUGUGUGCUCCAUAAGCUAUCUUCUGGGACUUACCAUGGUUACUAGGGGUGGCAUGUAUGUGUUUCAACUCUUCGACUACUAUGCAGCCAGCGGUGUGUGCCUUUUGUGGGUUGCAUUCUUUGAAUGUAUUGCUGUAGCCUGGGUUUAUGGCGUUGAUAAUUUCUAUGAUGCGAUUGAAGAUAUGAUUGGUUACAGACCAAAUCCCUGGAUGAAAUGGAGCUGGUCUGUGAUCACGCCUCUUCUUUGUGUGGGUUGCUUCGUCUUCUCCUUGGUCAAAUAUAAACCUUUGACGUACAACAAGGUUUACGAGUACCCCGACUGGUCAAUCGGUGUGGGCUGGACUCUGGCCCUGGCUUCUAUGAUCUGUAUUCCUAUGGUGGUGGUCAUCAAGAUCAUCCAGUCUGAUGGACCACUCAUAGAGAGGAUCAAGGCUGUGGCGGCUCCGCUAGGAGGUGCUAGCUCCCGUCCAGCCGACCACCGUUCUAAGGGCAAGGCUUGCGAGCUGGCCUACCCGCUGGACCCCAACGGGAACAACGGCCUGAUCAAGCCCACCCACACUAUUGUAGAAACCAUGAUGUGAGCGCUCUCUGUGAGAGGAAAGAUUCUUUUUUUUUUUAAAUACCCGCUUUCUAUGUUAUUAUACUAUAUUAUCGCUAAACUAGUUGUAGGACCAGGUUUACAUGUAUCUGCACUAGGACGGUUAUUUUUUUUUUUUUUGUUUUCUACAGAGGAAGUUACAUUAUUGGGUUUCCUGUCUAUGUUUGAAAUAUUUUUUAUUAAACUAUUGUUAAGAAUAUUACUGUUAUUACGAUUGGAUGAAGUUAAAAGUAAAAAAAAAAAGAAAAAGAGAUCUCCAAGUCACAUGGAGCAGCAGUAUCUCAUAAGAACAGAAUCAGACGUUCCUACUUCUUUUCCCCUGUAGAAUUAUAAGUGGUCUGUCUAUAUUUUGGCGUGGAUACUUAAAAAAAAAGGCUUUAUAAAACCCGGAA